AUGUUCUGCCUCCUAAGUCGGGUACUUAUUGUGACUUCGUUGUUAACAGUCGGAUCAAACAGUGCCCCUCAAACUGAACUUCUUCUGCAUCCGAGCACUCCGCGUCGAGGUCGCUUCCUCGGAUUGCUGGGUUUCCUAACGGGGCUAACGUUGAUUGAUUCGUUGGAUGAUAGCGACUCGCCUAAGAUAAAGCCACCGGCUGGGAUAGUAAGGAUUGAUAUCGGGAGACCCUUUAUGGAAUCGAUAUAUCAGUACACCUACAAUCCGUACCUUUACGGGGCGGUUCCGUUGAUCAACAUCAAAAUUCCUCUCAGACCGGAUAGCGAUGUAUUCAAUAAUGCUGGAUUUGGAGCUGGCGAUGGAGUGUUUGGGGGAUCGUCGGGCCUCAUAUCGAACCACGUUGGGACGGAUUUGAUUGAACCAAGGCCUCCGACGUUUGCUGAUGAGCCGGCAUCGCCAACGGCCCAAACACUGGAAGAGAAGCCUAGGAAUAGGAAAAUCAGAAAACCUCAACUGUUCACUUCGAGGAUAAUACGAAGCACACUAAGAAGCGAUCUAGCAGAGGAUCAAUUGUCCGACGCGGCGGAAGACUCAAAUUCAUUGAUUCAAUCCACAACAACCAUAUCGUCCAGCCCCAUGUUAAGUGAUUCGAAUCUCACCGAAGGAUUAGGCCCAUGUGAGGAGCCAUUAAACCUUUACGUAACAGCUAUUCCAGUCAUCGAGGAUAACUCUUUAUACGAUCAGCCAUCGGACAUACCGCACCCCUAUCCGUUCAACGCAGGUAGCCUUCGAGAUACGGCAUCCAUCAGUCUAACGACGAUCGAACCGCAUGACGAGUUCAGGCCGAGUCGGCCGGAUAAACUGCAAAAUUAUUUCAACAGCGCCGCAACUGCCAUAAAUCCUGAUGAAUUUCGUCCGAUAAUUACCGUUUAG